AUGGCAGGCCCACAGUCAGCAAUAAACUCAAUUGAAAGCAGAGAGCCACCCAAAACAGAUGAGAUAUACGAAUGUAAAAAACUCUAUCAGCUGCUGAGAGAGAAAAACAAAACACUGGUCCUUCAAUGGAUUCCUGGUCACUGUGGCAUUAAAGGCAAUGAGCUUGCCGACACACUUGCUAAGAAGGGGACAACGAUUUUGCAAUGCAUGGACCGGCCGAUGUCUUUCCACACAAUGAAGACCUUAAUCAGGAGAGAACUCAAGACCUCAAGGUGCAACGAACUUAAAGCUCGAACAAAGGAGAAACAGUGGACAGUGACACUCUCCGAUAUAGCCGACUGGCCAAGAAUCGAAGCCGUUGCUGAGUUUAGACUACGCACCGGACGAUUGCCUGGCAAAACACCUUCACAGAUUGAGAGAGGAAAUGGAGAAGACCCACCUGAUUCGGUGUCCAGCCCUAAGGACAACGGCGGAAAGCCAUAG